UGAAUCUCGAGUGACGAGGGGUGUUGGCUGAAGCAGAGAGCGAGAGUCAUAUAUCGAAGAAGCAUUAAGAAGCUAAGAGCCAUGUCUGGUUGCGGCGGCUACGAGGGGCACGUGAUGGGAGCGUGCGCAUGUGGCAUGUAUCACAGCCAAGCCAAUCCCUUCCCAAUGCUAUACACCGACCAAAAUUCCUAUGCCUAUGACUACGACGAAUCCGACAUGUAUUCUUCCCUCACGCCCUCCUCCUCUUCCGUCGACUGCACGCUCUCCCUCGGCACCCCUUCCACCCGCUUGACUCCAGACGAAGAAGGGCGCCGCAGCCGCAACGAACGACGUCGCUCCGUCUCCAACAUGUGCUGGGAUUUAUUACAGUCCAAUCAAUCCCACAGUGGCAGGUCCAGCAGAGGCGGCUCUUCCUCCUCCAAUGAUCCCCUUCUCGCUCGUCGCUGCGCCAACUGCGACACCACUUCCACUCCCCUCUGGAGAAAUGGCCCCAGAGGUCCAAAGUCGCUAUGCAAUGCCUGUGGGAUCAGAUACAAGAAAGAAGAGAGGAGAGCCAGCGCCGCCGCAGCCGCCGCCACGGCUUCGGCGUCGGGCGGAGUUAUGGAGCCUCAGGCGAUGUACGGACACCAAGACAAUUACUGGUAUGCGCAGUCGUACUCAGAGGGCCACAGAAUGCCGUACUACUCACCGGGAAUGGAGGAAGACGGCAAUGGAGAAUCCGACAACGGCAUGCCUUUUCUCUCUUGGAGACUAAACGUAACAGACAGGCCGAGCCUCGUCCAUGACUUCACAGGAUAAACAUUUGAAUGUGAAUGAUAACAGGAGCGACAUUUUCAUUUAUAAUUGAUACUGGAAACUAGAAAUGACAGGAGGGUCUAGCUGGUUACUAGUUGGACGGUCAAGAUCACGCGGGUCUAUG